GUCUCAUACUUCCUUCUUGUUUCCCAUGUCUGUUUCCAUCAACUGUCGACUGGAUCGUCGUUGAAAUUCUUUUAAAUUUCCUCAUAAAAAUCUUGACUUGAGAUAGUCAGAGCAUUCAAAUGGAAAUUGUUCCACCGUCAUUUCUUCUGGACAGUUGUAGUGAUGUUUAUGUUCAACAACCACAGCAGCAACAACACCAACAACAGAUACACAAUCAAGAUCAUGAACAAGACCAACAACAUUCAUUUUCAUAUGAUCAAAUGAAAUAUAAUUGCAGUGGUAGCAGUGGUGGUGGUGAUGAUGAUUAAUGUUGAGAGAAAUUUUCAACAACGCCAACAUCAACAACAAUUACAACAACAAGAUCAUGUUCAACAACAUCAAGAAAAUGUUAUGCAAUCGCAAAUGCAACAAUUGCACCAAAAUGUAGAGCAAAAAUCGCUUAAAUUUCACGAUUUGCAAGAUCAAAAACAACAACAAGAACAGUUUCAACAACAAAAGCAACAACAACAACAACAAUCGCUUAAUAACAACACAUCAAUUAGAAAAUGCAAUGCAAAUAAUUCAAAUGGCGAUAAUCUGAAUGAAUUUUCAAGAAAUCACCAACAACGACUACAAGUUCUUCAACAACAACCCCGUGUUCACCAAUCUCAUCAACAUCACGAUAAUAAAUCGCUACAACAUUCCGAUAUUGGUAGCAUUGUGGUGGAAAGUGAACCACCGGCUGUUUCUACGAUUUUCCCCAAGGAACAACCACAAUAUCAACUUCAUCAAUAA